AACCAGCUUUGGGAAGGAACACGCUCCGCGGGUGUUUCCAUCCAAGCUUCACAGUCAGGCAGCGAGCAAAUCGAUCUUUCGCAUCGCCCAAAGACCCCAUCGCUCUCCGCCAAUCACCCAUCUCCUCCUCCUAUCCCUCACGCCAAGUGAUCUGUACAAGAUCUUCUUAACAAUGGCCGACUCAAACGAACAAGACCAGCCCACGCGUCGUGGGCGCGUCGCAAACUCCAUCCGCAACAAUGCCCAGGAAGUCUUGAAGGAAGACUACACCAAGGCGCGGGGUGUAGCUCUCGAUGCUGCCAAGAGUAGAGCUUGGUUCUACCCCAUCAAGGGCAUCUUCUACUUCCUCUCUCACCGGACUCUUUGGCAGCCCUUUGUAUCCAAACUGCCGCAGUAUCUUGCCUUGUAUGGCAGCGUCACGGCGGGCAUGUUCACCUUCACCUACCUGCCCCAGUUCGCCGUGCUGGUCUUUGUCAACGGACCCCUCGCCGUCUUCACCACGGUCUUCCUGAUUCUGAACGAGUCCUCCACGAUCGUCAACAUGAUAUCCAAGAAUUAUCUGUUGCAGGACUCGCUGCUGGACACCUUUGACGGCACCCUGCUGACGCGCAACAAGACGGGCAUGGUGAAGGAGGGCCGUGAGGUUCGCUCCGGAAGCAAUCCCAUCGCCAAGUUGGGCAAGGUCAUUACGAGCCCUUUUGCAAAGUUUAGCCCCAAGGCGAUUGUCCGGUACUUUAUGUACUUGCCCCUCAACUUCAUUCCCGUUGUUGGCACGGCAAUCUUCGUCUUCCUCCAAGCCAAGGGGCGUGGACAAGGCGUCCAUGACAGGUUCUUCCAACUCAAGAAGUGGUCAGCGUCUCAACGCGGAGACUGGCUGAAGAAGCACACGGGACCUUACACAGCAUUUGGCCUUGUUGCCACCCUCCUUGAGAUGGUCCCUGUCGCCUCCGUCUUCUUUACCUACACCAACACGGUGGGAGCCGCCUUGUGGGCUGCCGACAUUGACGCCAACGACGCACAAAUGACCGAUGAGAACGCCCCCAGCUUGCAGGAACAUGAGGCGCAGGAGUCGGGCGUCACCGCCGACAAGGCUCAGUGAUGAGGGGCUUUGCCGGUGCCUACUCUGGUUGAGUGUGCAUGAUAUCUUGUGGGAUAAUCUGCGCAUAUACACGCGGAAUCUUGGCGAUUAUCAUGGUAUAGGCUCCGCGUGUGGGUUGCGACAUUGAUUUUGCAACUAAAACGUGCCUGGCAAUCGCGGUAGAGGGGUUGACGACGUGUAUCACAUAUUAGAGCAAC